AUGUCACAAUGGGUCCAGCGACAUGCAUCUACGACGGUGCAGCUGAGCGUCGCUGCGGCUCUGGGGGCGAUUGCGGCCACGUCCAUAAUCUUCACGGCGACGUCGAUACGGCGCCGGCGGAUCACCGAGGAGCUCAAAGCCUCGAUCCCCGAGCUAUCCCGCGAGCACCACGCGACGCAGUUGACGGAAUACGGCGGUGCCCUGCGGCCGAGCAUCACGGACAAGGAGGACGAACGGUCGGCGAAGAUCGCGGCGCGCGCUCGCAAGGGCGAGUACGACGAGGAACUCAUACUCGAACAACUGGCGCGGAACAGGGUGUUUCUGAAAGACGAAGGGCUGGCGAAGCUGCGUGAUGCCUUUGUCGUCGUCGUCGGGCUGGGCGGGGUGGGCAGCCACUGCGUCGCGGCGCUGGCGAGGAGCGGCGUGUCGCGCAUCCGCAUCAUCGACUUUGACCAGGUCACGCUGAGCAGUUUGAACAGACACGCGCUGGCGACGCUGGCGGACGUCGGCACGCCCAAGGUCCACUGCGUUCGAAAGAGGCUGGAACAGAUUUGCCCGUGGACCCGGAUCGACUGCCGGAACGAACUGCUCGGUUCGAACACCACGGAGGCCUUGCUCGCGAAAUGGGACUACGAAGUCAGGGACGGCGAGGACUGCAAGGAGCCCGACUGGGUGGUGGAUGCGAUCGACAACAUCGACUCCAAGGUCGGGUUGCUGCACUACUGCGCCAUGAAGGGAAUCAAAGUCAUCAGCUCGAUGGGCGCGGGUUGCAAGAGCGACCCCACGAGGAUACAAGUCGGGGACAUCUCGACGAGCACCGACGAUCCCCUGUCCAAGUCCACGAGGCGCAGACUGAGGAUGAAAGGCGUCAAGGACGGUAUUCCGGUGGUGUUCUCUACGGAGAAGCCCGGGGAAGGAAAGGCUGAAUUACUCCCGAUCGCGGAUGAAGAGUACAACAAGGGGAACGUGGACAAACUGGGUGUCCUGCCUGAUUUCCGGGUCAGGAUCCUGCCAGUACUCGGGACGAUGCCGGCCGUGUUUGGAUACACGGUUGCAAACCAUGUGAUUUGUAGUAUCGCGGGAUACCCGAUGGACUAUCGGGUAGGAGACAAGGGUCGCGAGAAGAUGUACGAGGGUAUCUUGGCUGGCCUGCAGGCUGUCGAGGAGCGCCUCGUCAGGACCACCGACGGCCAGGUCACAGUGGGUCUACGGAUCCCCGUCAGUCGCGACGACGUCGCGUAUCUCGUCGAAGAAGUCUUCCGAGGCAAGAGUGUCGUGUCGGGUUUGAUAAGUCGACUUGCCCUGAUCAGAUGGAGGAAACCCGAAGGUGGUUUCCGCAUCGACGAGUCGUAUCUGAAGGAAGGCCAGAAGAUGAUCAAGCUGCCCAUCGCGGAUCUCGUCUUGAUGACGAGAGAAGAGGCACAGAGACACGAGAAGGAGAUUCUUCGUGGAAGCACCGCACCCGAGGACUAUUACGAGCCGGAGGUCGUCAAUACGGUCGAACGCAGACGUCGCGAACAAAUCUCAUAUGAGAGAUAUCGAUAA